AUGUACGACCCAGCUGUCGACCUCGACGACGUCGUCCGCGUAGAGACGAGGAUCCACGCCACAAGCAGCUGGAACGACCCGUUCUACCGCGUGGGGCUUGCUGCCCCACAGGGUCGAGGGUCCAGCGAGCACUCAUGGACGGACGGAAACGUGUCGGCCUACAUGACAGACUCGGGCCUCUGGACCGCCUGUUGGGAGUCUCGAAAGCGUAUGCUGUGGCACUUCCGGUCGACAGCGACCAGCUCGCCUCCCGUGACGGACCCUGCGCAUGGGAUCCCCCAUCCGUGCACGGCGCCCGUGACCAUGCCCUUCCGGCGCGACAACGGCGAGCGCGAGUACCUCACCAUCCGGCCCUCGGAAGACCUGCUCUGCCUCCAGUUCGCCGAGGGGUCUUUUAUCUCCCACCGGAGUGGCUACCACUGGGGUGACGUCCAGAACUUUCCCCUGUUCAGGUGGCGGCGCCCCAACGGCAGGUGGGAGCCGCCAGAGCGCGUGCGCCACGUCGCCAUCGAGUUAAACAUGGCGUGGCUCGACGAUGGGGUCAUGGGCGGGCCAAUACAUGGCUUGCUGAAGGCCGACUACGUGGACGGGCUCGCCGGUUUCUGGUUCAUCAACUACGGGCUGGAGCGCAGGUACAGGGCGGACGGGGACCGCCGCGGGCGCCGGACCUUCCGGGCCGGCGGCGGGGUGGAAUUUGUCGAGGUCCUCUUCGGCGAUGAUGAGUGGUGGGACCGGUCUGGCAGGUCUGACGCGGUUCGUUCAGGCGGCCCAGCAUUUUCGGCGGCGCAGGAUUUGGCACGGCAGUUGACCUUCUUGAAGGCGAAGAUGGCUGAGAUGGGCGAUGACGGGGAUGACAGCAGCGAUGACGGCGCUGGUGAACGACGGCUGCCGCUUCGAUAUGGGGUACUUGCUUGUGUGAAACCGGGUUCCGCAAAGCACCUACUGACAAAGAGCGAGUGGAUAGAUGCUUUGGGUCCGAGCAACAAACCAAAUGUGCUUUGA